AUGAAAAGCUGGAUUAUACUGCUGGCUAUUGUAGUCAGCAAAGCAGAAACACAAAAACAGGACGUCUGUACCCAGGGGUAUCCUGGCAUCCCUGGCAAUCCUGGGCACAAUGGCAUACCUGGUCGUGAUGGACGUGAUGGUUCAAAAGGCGACAAGGGAGAUACAGGUGAAACAGGACUUCCUGGCAGUCCAGGAAAAGAUGGUGCAAAUGGGGAGAAAGGUGAACAAGGAGCCAAUGGGACUGUUGAAGAGAAGGGGAACAAAGGAGAUAAAGGAGAAAGAGGACGACCUGGGAAACUGGGACCAAAAGGAAUUAUAGGGUCAGUGGGUUACAAAGGUCAGAAGGGAGAGCUGGGACUGCAAGGACAAAAGGGAUUAAAAGGAGACAUUGGGCCCAUAGGUCCAAAAGGGACAAAGGGUGAAAUUGGCCAUCCUGGAAAAGUUGGUUUCCCAGGGCCAAUUGGCCCAACUGGUAAUCCAGGUCCUAAAGGUAAUACUGGAGAUCUGGGGCCACAGGGUAACCCAGGAGUUCAGGGGGAAAAAGGCUUUAAAGGAGACAGAGGAGAUAAGGGGAACGUAGGUGCCCCAGCAGUCUUGCCAAGGAGUGCUUUCAGUGUCGGCCUUACAGCCUCCACCAAAUUUCCUGCCCCGAAUCGCCCAAUCAAAUUUGACAAGGUGCUGUAUAAUGGUCUCAAUGACUACAACCCAGGUACUGGCAAAUUCACCUGCAAAUACCCCGGUGUUUACUAUUUCACCUACCACAUCACUGUCUAUUCAAGGAAUGUCAGAGUAGCUCUAGUUAAAAAUGGCAUCAAGAUGCUGCACACGGUGGACAGGUACCAGAGUGGGGAGGACCAGGCCUCGGGAGCCACCAUCCUCGAGCUACAGAGAGGAGAUGAGGUGUGGGUGCAGGCUCACCAAGGAGAGACUUUCAACGGGCUGUUUGCAGACGCGGAUGAUGAUACCACCUUCUCUGGGUUCCUCCUGUUCAGCACCUCUGACCCGCUGGAGCCGCUGCCAUCGCCUGCCUUGUAA